AUGGACCACCAACCCCUCUUCAUCUGCCUUUUUCUCUUGCUUUCUGUUAUAAUAUCUGCUGCAGGGGCUUAUGUAGAUGCUAAUCGCUCCAUCAAACUUUUUGUGUUUGGGGACUCGUAUGUCGAUACCGGGAAUAGGGAUUCCACAGCUAGGUCAUGGAAAGAACCGUAUGGAAUUACUUAUCCUCGUAUACCUGCUGGUCACUUCUCUGACGGCCAAGUCUUCACUGAAUACAUAGGCGUCUUCGACACACUGGUUGCUGCACCAAACAUUACAAAACAAAUCGAUUUGUUUGAACAACUCGUUCAAGAGAAAAUCUAUACCACAGACGACCUUAAGUUCUCCACUGCUCUGGUAUCCGCUUCUGGCAAUGAUUAUGGCAUCUACCUUGCUAGAGGUGGAAGUCUUGAGGGUUUGCCAGCCUUCAUUGUAUCUGUUGUUAACCAGCUUGGCUCGGAUCUACAACGUAUUCAUGAUUUGGGAGUGCCGAGAGUAGCCAUUAUGGGAAUACAGCCUCUUGGAUGUUUGCCUCAAUUUACAAAGGAAUACUCAUACGAGAAAUGUAAUUCAACAGGAAACUUGGUUGCACUGUUUCACAACCUAUUACUAACUACUAUGGUAGAGGAGCUGAAGCCUGAAUCUAAAUUUGUGGUGCUUCUUAUGUACGAUGCAUUCAUAUCUGCAAUGAAGAAAUUUGAAAACGAAACAGAAACUUCAAAGUCGAAGAAUCCAUUGAGGCCAUGUUGCACAGGUAUAACAAGCGAAUACAGGUGUGGGGACGUAAAGAACGGGGAGAAGAAAUACAAUGUAUGCAGGGUUCCGAAGUUGGCAUUCUUUUGGGAUUCGUUUCACCCUACACAAGCGGGCUGGGAUGCCAUUGUCUCAGAGCUAGGAUCUUCUAUCGUAAGCCUCUUCUAG